AUGGCGUAUGACCCUCGCUGUGCAAACACGGGGAGUACCACUCCCCAAACCACUCCCCCUCCACAACCGCCGGCGGACUCCCUCCCAUCCGAAGCGGCCACAAUGAACGACCAAGUCGCCGCGAGCGUCCAGGCCGAAGGCCUCGCAGACUCCUGGAAACUGAAAUUCUGCACGGUCUGCGCUUCCAACAACAACCGUUCCAUGGAAGCCCACCUUCGCCUCUCCAGCGCCGACGCCGCAUUCCCCGUCAUCUCCUUCGGCACAGGCUCGCUCGUCCGAUUGCCCGGCCCAACUAUCACUCAGCCCAACGUCUACAGCUUCAACACAACCUCCUACAACCAAAUGUACCAAGAACUUCACGACAAAGACGAGCGCCUGUACCGCGCGAACGGCAUCCUAAACAUGCUGGACCGCAAUCGCAACCUGAAAUGGGGCCCCGAGCGCUUCCAAGACUGGGUUCCCGGCCGCCCACGCAUGGAUCACCUCGAAAAGGGCGACAAGGGAUCGACAGGGACCGAAGCAGGUGUCGUGGACGUGAUCAUCACCUGCGAAGAGCGAUGCUGGGACGCCGUCGUCGAUGACCUCAUGAACAAAGGCAACACGCUCAAUCGCCCCGUUCACGUCUUCAACGUGGAUAUUAAGGAUAACCACGAAGAGGCCCUACUGGGCGGCAAGGCAAUUCUGGACCUUGCAAACCGCCUCAACGAGGCUGCGAUUGCCCAGCGCGAUCUGCAUGGUUCCAGCGGAUGGGAGAAUGGGACCGGGGCGGCGCGCCAGAGCUUCGAUGAAAGUGUUCCUGAGAUCCUGGCUGAUUGGCAAGAGAAGAACCCUAAUUUACCGGCGUUGUGGACUUUGGCGUGGCUGUAG